AUGGAAGUAUACCUAUUUGAGCCUGACUUAUAUGCAGAAUGGUACAAUUGCUCACAGCUGUCACAAGAAGAAUGGCAACAAGUCGGAGUCAAAAGACCAUAUUUGGCUAUGAUUUUGGGCAUUCUUGGAGGAGCGUUUUCGGUAGGGAACCGGUUUUUCAUAUUGUCAUUUUAAAAUUUUUUAAAAAUUUUUUAUUUUUUAAAAAGUUUUGGAAAGUGAGGUUGUUAGGCUUAUUUGGACUUUUCAAACCUUAUUUGGUGAUUAUUGAUGCUUGUUUAAGCCUAUUUUGAACUUGUUAAUUUUGAUAAAUCUAAAGCUCCUUUUGGCUUUUGAAACCAAAAAUUACAUUUUACAGAUGUUUUACAUGCCAUUUGUAUUUAUAAUGACAAAACCAAGGUUCUUUCGUAUGUCAUGUUAUAAGAUAAUGUUUUGUCUGGGCUUUAUCGAUGCCUUAACGAUCAUUAUUUCUGUUGGCAUCAGUGGAUACUUUAUGUUUCGCGGUGCAGUAUAUUGCACCAUGCCCAAUAGUAUGUACUUGGCUGGGGUGGCUGGAGUCGGUAGGUGAAAUUUGCAACGUGUUUAUGUUGAUGUAGGUACUUGUGGUUGUUUUUUGUUUGUUCAGUACUGUGUUGUCGGCUGGUGUUGAGCAGUGUUUUUCUUUGGGUCGUUUGGUCCGUGUUGUAGCAGCUUCUACAUACUUGAUACGGGUUUAUCGUUGAUUUCUUCUUUGUUGGUAAAGCUUUUAUAGUAAUGACUAGUCAAAAUCUUCUUUUUUUUCUUUAUUUUUUUUUUAAAUUUGUUGUUUUAGUAGCUCUCUAUAACCUACAAACCCUAACUUUCAGCCUCAUGGUGUGGCAGUUGCUUAUUAUGUGCGAUCCUAGCCCUAAACCGAUGUCUAGAUCUAUAUUCUCCACAUACUCACGAGCUCUUAUUUGAUGGCAACCGAACAUGGUUUUGGAUAGGAUUGUCAAUCCUAUACAUGGCUUUAGUAUCUUGGUUUGAAUCACCAAUAUUUUAUCAUAGUAGAUAUGCAGCCGGCUUUUAUGACCCGUUUAUUGGUGCUCCAGUUGAAAAACGACACAAAUUUGUAAAUUAUACUCAUGUUAUCAACAACGUACUGGUUAUAGUGGUCAUGUCAGUGUUAUACACGGUUUUAUGUGUAUAUGUGCUGAAGAGAAGGACUAGGCUUAACAGGACUAAGAAGAAUGUAGGUUUUGAUUAUGAUAAGACAAGUUUUGAAAUUGAAGAAUGA